AUGAACAUAUUUAAUAUAUUUAUAUAUUUACUCAUUUAUACAGUUUAAUUUUUAUUAUUUAAUUUCAUUUAUAUCAUAAAAAUAAAACAAUACCAAGAAUAUUUAACAUUCCUAAAAGCAACAUUAUUGAGCUUGUUUUUGAAGAGCUUUUAUCUUAUGAUGAUUGUUGAGGACUGUUAGGAUCAGAAGCUACUUAGAAUCUAAAUUAUUGACUUGCUUAAUUGCUUUAAUUUGGAUUAGUACUUGGUGAUGACGAUGAUGAUGAUGAUGAACUUUGUAAAGACCUCAAACGUGCAUCUGCUGUUUCGAUAAGCAUGUUAACUUAAACAAGAGCAUUCUAGGAAGGUUCAAUUAAAGUUAAUUAAACAUGUAAGGAAUUAUCUGCAUGAUCCCAUCCUGUUCCACUAGGCACGAUUAGUGAAGUAUAAUCGAAUACCUAACCAUUGCUAUCUUAGAAGUAUACACUUUGGAAUGAAAGCUAUUUAGUAUAUGUAGAAUCAAUAAACCAUAUUCUCAUAUACAUUUGAUCACCAACUGUGUAGUCAGCAGGAUUCUUUACAGUAACAAAAUCAGAUAAGUAUUAGUUACCUGUAACAUCUAAAUCUGCUAUGA